GACGUCUCUGUCCUGCCUGCAAUCUCGCUCCAUCCCCUCUCUCUCUCUCUCUCUCUCUCUCCCUCCCUCUCUCUCUCUCUCUGUUGUAUCACUUAAUCAAGACAUAGCUUGCCCUUUCCUGUUCAUUGCUGCCUCACUCCCUCCCGUAUGCUCUGCUCCCUUAUUUGUUUGUCCUCGCUCUAUUCUCUUUGGCUUGUUCCCUUCCUCCCUCCUGCCUCGUGGUCCUCAUCACCCUCCGUUUAGCCUUGAAACAAGCUCCACACAAGCAGGGGUUUGGCAACAAGCAAGGACAUGCUGAAGAGAGGUCAGUGAGGAGGAGGAUGACAACAGAAGAAUAAGGGAAGGAGAGAUGAGAAAGAGGCUGAAGUAAGAGGAAGAAGUGGAACUCCAAAGUGCCUACUGCGAGGGGGUCGUCUGCUGCUGUUUAGCUGCUGCGCUGCUGUCUUCUCCUGGAUGAGAGCAGGACGGAGCCCAGUGUGUGUUUGGCCCUGAAUGGAGGCUAUAUUUUAUCCUGACAGCCACAGAGUCAUCCAUCCCAUGCUGCUGAGCUGCAGUCCCCGCAUACCCUGAGCUGAGCCGCCGCCUCGUCUCAUCAGUGCAAGGACGCCAUCCUUAUAAGGUUCUGCUUUUUUUUCUUUCCUUUUAGUUUGUCAAGCAGUCAAAAGAUAACUAGUACUACAGCAACUGCCACAGCCUUGGCCAUGUUGACGUGAAUGUAACAGUGACUUACGGUGGGUGUCAGUUGAUCCGGUGGCCAGGUGAAGGCGCAGGCACUCGGAGGCAGGGCAGAGGGCUAUAGACAGAGUUGUCUCGUGCCUCCCUCUCCUUGAACAGUGUCUGUCUCAGCGACAUAUCCAAGCAUGCCAGGAGCAAUGUCCUCAGAGUAGUGUCUGUUUUUUCUCCUUUUUCUUUUUUUUCGAGACAGAGCUGGCCUCUGCUUACAGUCAACCCAAUCUAUCUCACCCUAGAGAAACUUCAGCUGCCACUUUUCCCAGGAAGAACUAAUAAACAUCCCCUAAAAUACCCCCAACCAAAAGGACUAGCUGCCUGUUUGUGCUGAAGAAACAUUUGAAAAUAUUUUUACUUCUAUUUCCUUCUCUGUUUUACUGGGGAUUUUUUCCCCUUGCGUCACUAUUAGUCACCCUCAUCAGACAGUUUUCUGUACGUCUGCCCCCCCACCGCUGCUCAGUGUUUGUCUGUGAUGGCUGUCAGCAUGACCAUGGGACGGGACACCAAAUGGCUGACCCUGGAAGUGUGUCGUGAGUUUCAGAGAGGCACCUGCUCGCGGCCUGACGCCGAGUGCAAGUUCGCCCACCCCUCCCGGAGCUGCCAUGUGGAGAAUGGCCGAGUCAUCGCCUGCUUUGACUCACUCAAGGGGCGCUGCACACGUGAGAACUGUAAAUACCUGCACCCACCUCCACACCUGAAAACCCAGCUGGAGAUUAACGGGAGGAACAAUCUGAUCCAACAGAAGGCCGCAGCCGCCAUGUUGGCUCAACAGAUGCAGUUCAUGCUGCCUGGAGCACAGCUGCAGCCCAUAACAACAUUCCCAGUGACGCCCUCCCUGGCAACGAGUCCCAGUAUGGCUUUCAGUCCAUAUCUGAGCCACAUGGGCCCAGGCAUGGGCUUGAUGCCUGAGCUGCUGCCCAGUACUCCCCUGUUGGUCCCCGGGAGUCCCACCGGCCUAGCAGCCAUGGGCAACGGCACCUCCGCACAAAAACAUGUGCGCACAGACAAGCUGGAGGUUUGUCGAGAAUUCCAGCGCGGUAACUGCACGCGGGGUGAGAGCGACUGCCGCUACGCUCACCCCCUGGAGGCUGGCAUGGUGGACUGCAGCGAGAACUCGGUGAUUGUCUGCAUGGACUACAUCAAGGGCCGCUGCAGCCGAGAUAAGUGCAAGUACUUCCAUCCCCCCGCUCACCUGCAGGCCAGGAUCAAGGCUGCGCAGCAUCAAGCCAGUCAAAACACUGCGUCCGCAGCCCUGGGUCUGCCACCAGCGGCCAUGCAGUCGCUACCAAAGAGGCCGAUCUUAGAGAAGAGCAACGGAGCUGCUGCCACUGUCUUUAACCCCAGCAUGUUCCACUACCAGCAAGCCCUGGCUAACAUGCAGCUCCAACAACCAGCCUUUAUCCCCACUGAGCUUAGAAAACCCUCGGCCCCGCUGGCAGCGGAGGGCCGCUGGGAAAAGCGGGAGUGGAGCAGUAGUAGGCAAAACCCCAGCUGCUUCCUGUCAGUGCCUGGACUCCGUGGUGAGGGGACUCCCUGUAGGCUCUCUCCUCCCAGACUCCACCUGUACAAGCCCCCUACAAACACCCCAAAACUAAGCUAUAGAGGGACCGACUGAGCACAGAAGUGUAGCGCAGCAUUUCCCAGUUUUAUUAAAGUUGUGCAAUGUAAAUAUUCACAAAAUUGAUUGUAAAAAUAUCCAAAUAAAUUGUAUUUUCAUUGUAGAAAACGUGGUGGUUGUUAGUGCAGAUACUGUUGAGCAAACAAUUCACUCAUUUUGUUAUUUUUGUAGAUGUCAGUUUAGUAGAUUUAGUACUAUACAGACCUUUUAUCUCUGAUAAUAUUGUUCAGAAAUUCUAUUAUUUACUACUGAAAUAUUAUUAACUAUGACUUCAGAUUCAGAAAGCUACAGUUAUGCCUUUACACAAACACACAGAGAAAGAUAUAGUGUCAGGUAUGCUUAAGAUGGUCAGAUCGUAAAAGGCUUCUGAGGAGGUAUCAUCGUCUGUGUGUGUGUGCGUGUGUGUGUGUGUUUGUGUGUGUGUGCGCAUGAGACCACCUCUUUUUAUGCAUGCCCUGACUUGUCCUUGUGUUCUUCAUUCAUACCCCAUUCACCACUUCUGCAUGCUGAUAUUAUGAUGGUAAUAUUAUACAGUAUAAGCAAAAAAAACGUAGGUAGCAGAAAAAGGAAAAACGUUUCAUGUAGGAUUCACUCCUGCUGUUCUAAGUUACGACUAAAUAAUUUUCCAGGAUUUGUUUUGCUGUUUGUGAGAAGAGAAAAUAUUUGCAGUUGUUGUGAUUGUUGUCCAACAAUCUGGACUCUGAUUUCAUUCAGUCACGUAUCUUCUUUUUUUUUUAACACUGUUUUUAUUGUGCUUUUAACAAUUAAAACUUGUAAAACACAACCAUCCACAUAAGAAACCAUAAAAAGUAUUUUGUAUUUGUAAUAAAACAGUAUAUGUUAUAUAAUACAAAUAUAAAAUACACAGAAGAGAUUUUGAGUCUCACCAACAAACAGAAAAAUAAAACAAUGAUUUUUUUAAGAAGGUGAAUGUCUAUAACAUCUGUCAAUAAACACAUUAGUGUAUCUAUAGAGGGUCUCUCUGUAUUCUGUUUCUAUAAUCAAGUGGAGCUGAUGUAAAGAGUAAGUGGGUAACUAGUAGUGAAGAUGCUGGUGUUCAUAUUUAAUAUUUCAGUUUCUGGUCUGGUUGAAGUCAUUUAUAAAAGGCGACUAUGUUGUGGAGAACUCACCCUCCUGUCUUUGUAAUGAAAAUGUUAUUUUCUCUAAAUCUAAAUGCGUCAUCACUUCUCUCAUCCAGUUCUCAUGAGUAGGGGCUGUUGCCUGCUUCCAGUUGAGUAGUAUUAUUAAUAUUAUUGAUAUUAUUAAUAUUAUUGAUAUUAUUAAUAUUAAUCUAAGUGCCAGCAGACUGACAAGUGUUAUCACAUUGCACUCUCGACUAGCUUUCUCGUCACAUUUCUAUAUUAAAAUAAGAACGGUCAAAGAGGCUGAGACUGACACAUCCUGAUUUUUAAUUCCUGGUAUGGAUCCUGCAUUUCUCAUAUUUAACUUAAGCAAUAUAAGCAUAUUUUCAUUAAACCCUCCAUGUCUGAUAAAUGUACACAUCCUGCACAUCCUCCAGUUUGUUACUCAAACUUUCUGUUCUACGUUUUCAGCCUCCAAGCUGAAAUAACCCUGAUGACGUCAUCACGGUUAUCUUCUCUCUCUUUUUUCACAGGUUGAGUUACUUGUGAGCUGAUUUUAAUGUGUAAAAUUGCCUCUUUAAUUUGUCCCAAAAUUAAACAAAAAACCUGUUUUGGAUAGCAACGAAAGAUAUGAUGCAAAUCACAGGAGCAUAAAGUUAUACAAAACUUUUAUACUGUAAUUAAUGUGUCCGUGUUGUCUUUGUUUAAAUGACAUUUAUGUGUUGAAUGUAAAGUUUAGCUUUUGAAACAGUCACUAAAUCAGACACAAUCACAAACUAACGGUGAAAAUAAGUUAUUUUUAUCUGCAGAUUUUAACCAAUAUGAUUCAACUUAAUCAUUUUGCUCAUCGUGCUCGAUUAUUUGAAAACAUAAAUGUAGGAGAAAGAUGAACUAGUGUCAUGUUAUAGUUUUUUGUUCUUCCUUGUAGAGCUGAAACAUUACAUCGAUUAAUCAUAAAAAUAAUAGAUUGAUCGAUAAUGAAAAUAAGUUGUUUUAUUGAUCAUUUGCUCUCUUCAUACACAUGCCUCGUCCAUCCGAAUACAAUUAUCAGAUACUCCGGUCUGAUCAGAUUGUAUGACUGUGUAUUGCCUUGUUUGGUUAACUACCAUGUGUUGGUGAACGAUGCAUUUCCUUUUAUUUAUUUUCUAACUGGUUUGGCUGAUUAAAUAUGUAUUUUUCUUUAUCUCUUAUUUCAUUUGCAUGUGUCUCGGUACUUGUUCAAAUUCAUCCUGGCAAUAUCACUUGACCUGUGCCAUGACUUUUGAACCUACACAUUUUGCCAUGGUAACCAUAUCAUUCCUGUUCCCCCCCUCCUCCUCCUCCCCGCCCACAUCCUCGUCCUCUGUCUUUCG